AUGCUUACACUGGAAACCUUAUCCAUUAUGUAUUGGGGCAUCUUACCUCUUGCUCUAUUGUACUACUUUUGGGACCUUUCUGUUACGCGGACCUUUACACGCGCGGUCGGUAAACACCCUGUAGUGGGCAGCUCCUCGUGCUGGGCACCUCGAAUAUUCCUGAACUUGGUAUUUGCAGCGAACGCAUCAUGGCUCGUGAAAGAAGGGUAUCACAAGUACAAGAAUGGUACUUUCCAGCUCUUACGUGGAAGUGGCAGUGCACUUAUUCUUCCCAUAUCCGUGCUUGAGGAGCUGGCAGGAUUGCCUCCAUCUGUAGCAAGUCCCCAUGCUGCCCUUGAGCAUGACCUUUUGGGCGCUUAUACUGGGCUUGAUAUCAUUCUGGAGAGCAGAAUGCACCAUACGAUCGUCCAGCGAAAGCUGACACCUCGCUUGCCAUCUCUUACCCCAGCAUUACAACGCGAGCUUGUGGCAUCCCUCGACGAGCUAUUCCCCGACUGUGCUGAUUGGGCCGAAAUCCAACCAUUUAGAGUCCUUGGGAAGGUUACUGCCAGGUUAUCUGCUAGAGCCAUGCUUGGUCAUACCUUCUGUCGCAAUCCCCAAUGGUUAGACAUUUCUGUGCACUAUACCGAAAAUCUCUUCCAAACUAUCGUCAUCUUGAGAUUGUUUCCUAGUUGGAUGCAUCCUGCUCUCAGUCGAUGCCUUCCCUCAUUCUGGAGAUGCCAGGCCUACCUAAGGUCGACCAAAGAUCUGCUUGGCCCGGUAAUACGUGACAUGAUUGAGGAAAACGACAAGGGGUCAUUCUCUCCAAAGCCAACUGAGGACAACUUUAAUGUUCUAACCUGGCUGGUGGAGGCUGCGAAGGGGUCAGAUCGCAAUCCUGAUACCCUAGCUCAUGUUGAAAUUCUUCUUGCCCUAGCAUCUGUUCACACCAUCCUCCUUCGCAAUGUGAAUGUUCUAUAUGAUCUCAUAGAGAACCCGCAAUACAUCGACGAGUUGCGAGAAGAAAUCCACAGUGUCUGGGCCACAACAGGCUGGAUUGAUACUGCUGAUUCUUACUCGAAACUUCACAAGCUUGACAGCGUGCUACGCGAAUCACAACGUCUCUCUCCACCGACCAUUCUUGGUCUGAAGCGACUUUUCAAGCAACCGUAUACCUUCUCUUCCGGUAUUUCAAUCAAUCAGGGAACAUACGUCGCCCUACCUGUUAUGGCCAUCGAAAACGACCCGGACCAUACUGUCAACCCAGAGCGCUUUGAUGGACUCCGCAGUUAUCGCAUGUUUCAGAAUAUGGAUGGUUCUCGGAGUAAUCGAGUAGGUCAUCAAUUCUCAACCGUAGAUAAGACAGUCUUGAAUUUUGGAUACGGCAAAACAUCCUGUCCGGGCCGACACUUUGCUAGCCUUGUCAUAAAAAUGGUCUUUGUGAAGCUUUUGACUGCGUACGAAUUCAGGUUUUUACCAGGAAAGGGUCGACCGAAGAACUACGAGGUUCACGAGUUUCUCUUCCCCUGGCCGUGGGAUAGCAUUCAAGUGCGGAACCGGGAGGAUCGGGCAUGUCCUUUCUAA